AUGGAACCAAGGCUGCUCCUUUCUUGGCCAUUCGAGUCCUCCUCCAGCUCAUCGAAGAUGAAGGUCACAAGUAUCCACUCGCCAUUCCACCACUCACCAAAGGUCGCUAUGUUGAUGAUAUAUAUGGUGGUGCAGACACGAAAGAAGAACUCUCAGAAAUCGCUAUGGACCUGAAAAAUCUCUGCAUGGCGGGCGGCCUCCCCUUAGCAAAGUGGCAAUCGAACUCUCCAAGUACGCUCAAGAUGGUAACCGAGGAAGAAAUGAUACCAUCGCCGAUCUCAUUUGACGACUGUCCUACUUCAACGAAACGUCUAGGCCUCCUCUGGUAUCCUCAAGAGGAUUACUUCUCAUUCAAGAUCAACUCAAGCUCAUCUGGGUCUGUGGAACUUUGGCUCCAGAAACUGUCAUGGGACGAACCACUGUCACCUCAACUCACAGAAAGAUGGUGUAACAUCAGAGAAGAUCUCAAAUCAUUGGCCAAUGUACGAGCUCCUCGCUGGAUACACAGAUACACUCAACGACUUUGUGGACGGACUCAACAGUCUCUCUCACGUGGAUCACAUCUCACCCAGCUCGCUGGAAGGACUUUGUUUGAAACAGGGUAGAGCUCAUCCAAGAACUAACUCCAGGUGCACAAUGGAGAUACGUUUCCGGCAAGGAAA